GUGAAUAUCUAGGCAAGCCAGUGCCGCUUACUUUGUGUGCAAAAGAACGACCACUAUCAGGUUAGUAAGCAUUACCUAAAGUAGGAACGACUUAGAUGCUUGGUAUUGGUGCUGGCUCAAGCUUUUACCUCUCCAAAAGUCUUUCGGAUGUAAGUUUUAGUUGCAAAUGUAAGAAAAGAUGGGACCUAAGGAAAAGACCCCCAGCGAGUAAAAUAACAUCCUGGUAUAGCUGGGUUAAUCGAACAAAGGAAACAACAAAAUUCGCCCCUAUACCGCAUACUAUUCACCCUAUAUGUGGUGAGACGAGGAUAUAGUUGUGAAUGCUUGAAUAUGAUAAGGAAGUAAGGAUUUAUUUAAAGAAAGGAUACUCAAUCCUGAAACAAAGCUGGGCUAAGAAGUUCUCAGUUCUUAUAACGCUCUCUUAGUUUAGUAGUAGAAAGUUUGAAAUGCUGUAAGAGCAAAUUUUAAAGAUUGUUUUUGCUUAAAUAUUCAGCUGCGCUCACCCUUGAAAUAUUUGUGUCAACACGAGAAGAUACCUGAGGCCCGGGGGGGCUACUUUGGUUAAUUUUUGCUGGGUGUGUGUGCCGCUGGCCUCUCAGAGCCCGUACCCCAUUAUAGUCUAUUCUGUGGCCGAUUAUAGACCCUAUAGAUUAUAGACUCUUGGGAAAAUAUGUAAUUUUUGCGCUCCCAACCUAGUCACUUUCUUUUUAUGUAUCUAACUUAUAUCAAAUGAAGAACACUCUACUUUUCACUACCAGUACAAACAUUCUGGUACGUUUGCUAACUGCUAAUACGAAGAACUGUCUUACCCCAAAAAUCUGAAAAUCUCGGCACAUCCCUCUUAUAACGAAGUACCCCCCCGGACUUGAGGUCACCCAAAUUGUCUCUAAUUUAAAGGCCUGCAAAAUAUACUUUGCACUUUUCAACAAUUCGUUUCCACUUUUUCGAAAGAAAUGGUCCUUAUAACGAUGUAAGCACAACGCUAGCCCGAGGUCUGAAUGAACUUUUAUGCCAAAAAGUAAUUAGGCUUGACAAGCUCUGUCGUGCUUGAGGUAUGCUAAACAACUCCACCUUGAUUCAGACGUCGCGCCCGACUUGUCCCGAAUUCAAUAGCAAUGAUCAUAAGCUUUCUCUUUAUAAACUAGACAACAGAAUACUGGGAUGCCAUAAGACUUAGACUAGAUAGAAAUGAUUUUUGCGUUUUUUUUUUUUGCGUGAUUUUUUAAACUUUGUUAUUAAUAGUUUCCCUCGUCUGUCAGAUUUUACAGAUUCCGGGGUUAAAGAUUCGAAGUAUUCAAUUAAAUUGACAAUAUAACUGAGCGAAAGAGAACUUGCUUACAGAUCGGAUUAAAAACUAAAGCUUAUUUAUAGAUUCAAGAAGUCACGAUUUCGUGUAGUGUGUGAGCGAGCCAUUGUACUGCGAGGAUUGAAGCUGUGAAAUAAACCCUGUUUUUGCUUAAAACUGUGAUAACGUAAAGAACGGUCGUACGGCAUUUACCACACUAGGACACAUUGGUUUUUCUUGCUGAGAAUUAAUUUUCAAAAAGUACCCAGUACCUAGCAUUGAUAAUAUUUUCUUUCUUGUUAAGUACGUACAAUCAGGGUGUAAUAGAAGUACAGAUUUUCAAACAGUACUACGGUAUGCGUACAUUAUGCAAAACCAAUUCAUUGUAUACCGUUUUGUUUCUGAAUUGAAGUGCUGUAUUUUUGUGUAGUAGAUUUUAGGCAGAAUGUAUUUGAUAUUCUGGAGUAAAUAUUUGCAGGAAAAAUGUUUUCGUUAAUUUUUUUGGGGGGAAAUUAUUUUUGCGGAUCGCUGGAAAAAUCGCAAAAAUCGUAAAAAUUAGAACCCGGAAAAAUUUCGUGCCACACGCUAUCUCUAGUUCAUCUGAACUUUUUUUGUUUUGUUGACAGCUUGUCUCUAUAUUUGAGGAAAACAAUAAAAAAUCGUCCCUUUCGUAGGAAAAAAACUUCAGCGCAUCUGAAAUUUUCUUUAAUCGCCUUCAAUACCAUUGAGCUGUAGUUAGAGCGGCGCACAGAGUUAAAUUGUCUAAACUAAACGAAACUGGCUCAACAUGGACAGAGUUUUUAAGCGAAGAAAACGUUUUGGUUUGUUAUCAGUAGUAUUUUUAUACACUGCGAAUCGACCGGAUGAAAAUGAACUCAUUCAAUUUUUUGAACUAUCAUAGAAGGGACGUCUGUUUACAGGCUAGCGUGUGCAUAAGAUAAGAGUGUUCAUUCCGAAGGUCAUAUAUGGCGCUAAGAGAGAAUGAUCUUGAUGGCGCCAGCUGGCGCUUUUUAUCCUUGGGGGUACUCCACAAAUUGACCUAUAUGGGAAGGCUCCGCGCGAAAGGGGUACCUUUUUUAGGCUGCAGGUAUACAAAAGAGUAGAGAUUUCACUAGCUGAAGUAUAUGGAAGGGUAGGAAAAUGCGUCAUUUGGGUCAGUAAAAAGGCCCAAAAGGACUAGGCUCACGAUCACGUUGUUUAUCUUUCCUAACAAGCCUGAAACAUACUUUGCAUAGCAAGAUCUUAUAUCUUCUUUCACCUUUAUUGUUACCUCGGAAUCGUUGCAAACAUUUCAGGUUAUGGCUCUUGUUUAUACCCCGGGGGGGGCACUUUAGGAAUUUCUAGGUGGGGAUGUGCCGCUGGGACCCUGGAACCCUUGACCUAUACCAGAGCUAGUUCAGCUGAAUUUUGCUACCCUAUACUAGAGUAAACUCCCAAAAUCCCCCUAUCCUAGAGUAGCUGUUUCCCCAGUCUAGAUCAGAUGGGCUCCUGCCUAGAUAAAAUCUUCAACCAACUGAUCAGUUUCCUGAAAAAUGAUACCCUAUUCUAGACCCAAACGUUCUGAUUUAUAUACCCUAUCCUAGAGUAAACUGCUUGAAAACCAUACCCUUCACAGCGGCACAUACCCAUAUAGUCCAUAUAUGGCAGUACCCCCCCCCGGGGUUUAUACAUACUGAAAUAACAACAGCCUCUGUAUAAACAUCUACAUACGGCAUUACAAGAUUGAUCACUUAAUACGCGAUUACAAUAAUUGCACAAAUGAUGAUAAAAACAAAGAAAGAUAAAAUCAAUGAAAUCAAUACAAAAUUAAAUGUAAAAGCAAGGAUGUUGUUACCUAAAAACUGGCUUUUGAAGAACUGAAUUCUUCCAUGAGGCUGUUGUGUUGAUCAAAAACGCUGUUGAAUUUCAGUGAUCCAGUUGCUCGUAAUGUUUACGUACCGAACAGUUUGAGUUUAACAGUUAAUUCGGGUGAUUCUUUUAGCGCUUCUAACUCAGUAGGUAGCUCACUUACUGUACAAGGUUUCCUGAGAAGACUCACUCGGAAGAGUUCGCUUGUAAAUUAGUCUCUCACAUAGUACAGUUCAUGAACUAUACCACUUCCAAAAUGUACUCUUGUAAUCUUUUACUGUGAGCUAACCAUCAACAGCGUUUACAUUCGUAUGUUUCCAUUCGUAUGCCUCCACCGAAGAUAGAUUGCCAAUAGGUUUGUGUCGCUUCGAGCUCCUCGGAAUGUACUCUGCUGAAGUCCGCUGAUCUAUUCUACGCGUUCUACGCAAGUUCUACGCAUACACUUAUAUCUUGCGCAAGCGCUGAACACGCCAGAGUGCGAUUUGUGCCAGAAGGAAAAACCGAGCCCAAUUUAUGACGGGGCUGUGCCACAGGCAGCCCAGUAGAAAUACCGUUUGCACUCUUUCUCGAACUUAAAGGACUGUUAAAAGCCCUUAGAAUGCGUUUACUUGGGGGUGUCUAUCACGAAAAUCUGGAAUAAAGCUUAAAGGUUUUCGAAGUUUUCAAAUUUCUCAAAGUUGUUUAUGUACAGGUAUAAGAUUAAAAUGUAAAUUUUCUCUCUUGCAACAGAACUUAAGCUUAAUUACGCCCUGUCCACACGUAUCCGGAUAUUUUUGAAUCCGCAUCUUUUUCUUUACGGCCGGAUUCGGUUUCCGUCCACACGUAUCCGGUAAAUCCGGCAGACGAAUCCGCAACUUUUUGAAUCCGCUCUCCAGAAUAAAAAUUUUUGAAUAACAAUAAUAAUAAUAAUAAUAGUAAUAAUCUUAUAUGGCGCUGUUUUUCUACUGAACCAACAGCGCUUUACAACAGUGAAUGAUAAAGAAAACUAAGUAACAUAAAAAAGCCUGAAAAAUGUAAUAAUUAAUGAUUCUUACAAUUCAAAGUAAUUUCUAAAACGGUAUGUUGGAACGUUUUAUACUUAAGGGGAGGGUAUUCCAUAGUUUUGGGGCAAUAAAGGAGAAAGCUCGCUCCCCAUAUGUUUUAAGAUGGCAGCAGGGCUGUACCAGUAGUUCUUCAUCAGACGAACGUAAUGUCUUUGAUGGUCUAUAGUGAAUUAAGAGGUCAUUUAGGUAGCAUGGCGCUAGUUGAUUAAGUCAUUAGUAAAAUUUUAAAACGAAUACACUCGUGAACGGGUAACCAAUGUAGAUCUCUUAGCACAGGUGUAAUAUGCUCGUGUUUACGUGUGCCUGUUAGAAGUCGGGCUGUUGAAUUCUGGACAUACUGGAGUUUUCGGACUUGAUCCUGCUUAAGACCUGAGAGUAGUAUAUUAUAGUGGUCAUGUCUUGGAUGUUACGAAUGCGUGGAUCAAAGUUUCACAAUGACGGAAAGAGACAAGGUUACUGAUUUGAGCAAUGUUGCGUAGGUGGUAGAAAGCAGACUGACAUAUGCUGUUUAUUUGUUUGUCCAUAGACAUGAUAUUGUCGAACCACGCACCGAUGGUCUUUGCUAAGUUCGGUGAGUAGAUCACAUCUGAGCAAACAAGAAUAGAUUCUAGCGAGGGUUGUGGUGAAUAAGCUAUGAAUCCGGAGACGUGUAUAUCUAAUAAGAAUAAAACACAUGUAACCCUUCUGCUAUGUUAGUUUCAUGUUUCAUGCUUUUAAGUAAAAAACUGAUCUGCACGUACAAUGAGAAAUAAAGCUUUAUUUUUCUCCUCACCUUGUCUCGCGCUUCGCACUCCUUUUGCGCCUCGCGCAAAAUGCCGCGUUCGCCUCGCUUGCCUCAUACAGCGCCUUAUACGCAGGCUAGAGCAGACCAGUAUUUGUAGGCAGUUAUUUGCAGGUCACUUGGUGGGCUUUCGGCCAAUGAGAAGGAAGAAAAAUUUGCAUCAAAUGGUAACUUUGUUUGCUUCACUUUAUUCUUCUACCGUGCCACCAGAUAGCUUAUUGUGUCGGCACCAAAACCUAUUUGGUUAUAUAGUGUGAACAUGGCCUCAUUAUCUUAUCAUUUUUUAGAGCCUUCUCAGGUAUGGAUCAAGAUGAAGACUACAAAUCACUGUUAAUCCGGAACGACUCGUCUGAUGCUAUUCUAACACUGUACUUGUAUGCCGAAUGGGAUCGCAUUUGCUGGAUAUCCAAGGAAUCGAAAAUAAUAUAUCCCAGCGACAAGUAUCUCUACCGUAGUAAGGAGAGAUUUCAGUUCGAGGUGGUUGCCAGAUUUGAUGACCGGAAAGACAAGAAAAGCGAAGAUGACAGCCAAACUGACAAAAAAAAAGAAGACGAGCAAGACAAGCCAAAAAAGAAAAAACAGGUUCUCAAAGAAGUUCAACAAUGGAAGGAAGAUAGACUAUUGAAGAUAACUGGUUUUUUUGGUUCAGAGUCACUUGAUGUCGUUGAAGGAGAUCUUGCCUAUUACCCUGAAGAUAAACAAAUAUGCCUUCGAAAACUACAACGAGACAAAGAGCUUAAAGUCACUAGCGGAGGACGUAACCUGUAUGAGAUCUUAGGGCUUUACAUGGCCAAGGUACGUAAAAUGUCAAAGGAAGAACAAAAACAAGCGAUCAGAAGAGGAUAUCACACACAAAUACGUCGAUGGCAUCCUGAUAACAAUUGUGGAGAUGAAGAGAUAGCCAAAGAGAUCAUCCUUGCCUACAAAAUCUUAGAAGACGAAGAUCUACGUGCGCGUUACAACAAUCUGACUGACUACGAUGGGGAUUGGGGUUGGCUUUCCUGGAGUCGUUACAAAGCAAUUUUCAAUACCGAGUGUGUCAAUGAAGAACAGAAGAAGGCCUACAGAAAAAGAAUGUGUAUGUUUGCUGCGUCACUUGCGAUGACAGCCUUAGGUAUUGGUUUGACUGUUGGCACCGCUGGAUUGGGAGCACCAGCGCUGGUAGCAGUUGGAGCGGUUUUUGGAGGUGGACUUCUCGGAAGUGGAUUGCAGUCCUUGCAGCACACUUUAAAUCAGCGGGCCAUUGUAGACGAGUGUCUAGCCAAAGAAUGGCUGAUGAAAGCAGCGAUUGGGUUCCUUGGAGGAGCCGCUACUGGAGGUGCAGCUGCAGGCUUUACGGCAGCGAUAACCGGUCUUGGAAGCGCCGCUUUGGAGUCAGCUGCCAUCACUGCCGGUCAGUACAUAGGCGUUGGAGCUGCAACUGGUGCUGCAGGUGGUGUUGCAACUUCUAUUGCUUUAGAUGUAGGGCGAACGUUUGUUGAUAGUGAACAGAUCACUUUGAAGCAGGUUUGUGGACAUGUAGCCUGCGGUGCUCUGAUAGGUGCUGUUGCAAGGGUCACAGGAGGUUCUGUUUCUAAAGCCUUGGUGGAAAGCCAAGCAUGUGCGGCAUCUGCAAAUCUUAGAGGAGAUGCGGUUGAACAAGUGAUUAUCGUAACAGGAGGGAGGCGUUUCACUAUCUUUGUGGCUCAAAGUAUUCCUCGAAUGCUAACCGAGAGUGGAACAGAGGUUGUUAUCGGAACUGUGUGUCGGUUUGCUGAAGAAAGACUGGAUGAUUCUGUUGAGAAUCGAAGACCUAAUAAACAUGUGAUGGAUGGAAUUAAGGACCUGGCUGUAAAAGGCCUAAAGGGGGCUGCUCGAUUCAUUGCCACAGUUGUUUCUCAUAAAUGGAACGAAAAAAAGGUGGAUACAAGGUUGAAAAAAGAGUUGCAAAAUACGGCUCACACUGGAGCUAUAAACAUGACGAGUCAAGAACGUCGUGGCAAAAUAAGAUUAGAAAUGUACAUGGAAGACAACGAACAUCACAACUGGAGGGAUGGUCAAUGCUCUGCCAAAUACCAGCCACCUGUUAGAGAAAAUAACUCAGCAUUUGCAAAAGAAAUAAAAAAGAAUUCUGAUCUGCCUGAAGAAAACGAAGAAGAUCGUGACAGCCACAGGACUGGCAAAUGGCCCUCCAAUUACCAACCGCCUAAAAACGAAGAAACAUUCAGCCAAUUUCUGCCUUCCGACCUGAGUGAUUUUGGAGAAGAAAGAGCCAGCAAAAUCAUUCUUGAGGAAGCAAGAUGUCAAGUCAAAUACGUAUCUGAAGGAGCAUGGUUCUCCAAAAUGGUGGUCAGCUAUUUCUUACACGGCGAAAAGGUUGUUGAAGAAGUUCGCGACAGUGGAUCUUCAGUUGAUAUUCCGUACGUUGCUCGGAAUAUCGAAGUUAAAUUUCAAGUGCGACGUCCCUUUUGGGGGGACAUUUGCAAAUAUGAUCGUUCUGGUGGUUUCUGGUGCAAGCCAUACCAGCCGCAUGUCUUUCGUUACGACUCUCCGCCAAUCCACCGCACGUUUACUAUCAGUGGUGGCCUGUGGUAUGAGGCUGUGAUGAGCGUAACCGAUGAAUACCACGAAGAAACAAAAGAUAUGUGA